UUUUAAAUAUUUAAAAUGAAAACGGAUUAGGAUCAAUCUUCUAAUUAAUAGUAUUGAACUAUUUCUAUUAAAUGUACUUUAAAUAUAAACAAAUUCACUGUGGAAGUAAAUUGACGCAACAGGUAGUUUGUCAACACGUGCUUAAAACCUGAGAGCAGUCACACUGUGUGUCUCUCUUGCUCUUGCGAUGUACGGAAAAAAUAACAAUUGGUGGGAAAGAUUGAUUGAAUUUAAUUAAAAAUGCUGCGCAAAGUGCCGAUAAUAGUUAUACUGGGCUCCACUGGCACAGGCAAGACGAAACUAUCGCUGGAGCUAGCAGAACGUUUUGGUGGCGAAAUUAUUAGCGCGGAUUCCAUGCAAGUUUAUACGAAUUUGGAUAUUGCCACAGCGAAGGCCACCAAGGAGGAGCAGGCGCGAGCUCGCCAUCAUCUACUCGAUAUUGCAACACCGGCAGAGCCAUUUACAGUUACGCAUUUCCGAAAUGCGGCAUUGCCCAUCAUAGAGAAGCUGCUGGCUAAAUCAAAACCACCGAUUGUGGUUGGCGGUACAAAUUAUUAUAUAGAAUCUUUACUGUGGGACAUACUGGUGGAUACCAAAGAGGAGAAGGUAACUACAAACGGCCUACAAUUGUCAGCGGAUGUAAUGGCCGCUAUGUCAACCGCUGAGCUGCAUCAGCAUUUGGGGAAGUUCGAUGCCGGAAGUGCAAAUCGAAUACAUCCUAACAAUCGUCGGAAGAUCCAGCGUGCCAUUGAGGUCUACCAAAGUACGGGGAAGACGUUGACCGAGAAGCUUUCGGAGCAGCGUAAGCAACCAGGUGGCAACCGUUUGGGAGGUCCACUACGCUAUCCACAUACUAUUUUGCUCUGGCUGCGCUGUCAGCAGGACGUGCUCAAUGAGCGUCUGGAUAAGCGAGUGGAUAACAUGUUACAGCAGGGUCUGCUCAAAGAGUUGCGUGAGUUCCACAAUAGCUACGCGGAUGUCACUCUUCAGGCGUAUACAAAAGGCGUCCUACAGACCAUUGGCUACAAGGAAUUUGUGCCGUAUUUGAUGAAAUAUGAUGCACAACAGGAUAUCAAGGUUGAGGAGUAUCUGAGCACCCACCAAUACCAGUUACCUACUUCAGAGCAGCUUGCAGCUAUAGAAACGGAGGAUGGGGAGCAGCUGGCUGCCAGUCUCAAAGCUCUGAGCAGCUGUUGUGCUGAACUGAAGUUGGUGACGCGCCGCUACUCCAAGAAGCAGUUGAAGUGGAUAAACAACCGCUUCUUGGCCAGCAAGGAUCGCCAGGUGCCCGAUCUGUUCGAGCUGGACACCAGCGAUGUGAGCGCCUGGCACGAAAAUGUCUACAAGCGAGCCGAGUGCAUCAUCGAGAGUUAUCGCCAGGCGCAAGUCUGUGAGAUUGCGCCCAUGGCCAAGCGUGUGCAUCCUGGCGCCGAGCUCAACGAGGAGACGAGCAACUUCUGUGCCAUUUGCGAACGUCAUUUCAUUGGCGAAUAUCAGUGGAGUCUGCAUCUCAAGUCCAACAAACACAAACGUCGACGUGAGUCGCAGCGACGCAAGCAGCAGGAGGCAGACGCAAUCGGACCCCAAUAA